AUGUUGCCUCCCGUACCGAAUGCCGUCGAGUUUGGAAUCACCUCCGACUAUGGGUUCCUGUCCCCCGAGAUACCACUUGAGGUGCUCCCAGAUUCCUAUUAUGCAAAGUGGGAGAUGAUCGUUGGGAAUCUCCAGGCGCUGAUAUUGAGCAAACGUCUGCGGUCAACGGUGGAGCAUCUCCCCACACUUUCCACCUCAUAUCUACAGACGGAGGCGGAGUGGCGUCGCGCAUAUGUCGUGCUUAUCUUCAUGCUGCAUGGGUAUGUCUGGGGUGGUGAUCGUCCGGCAGAGAGGAUUCCUCCUCAACUUACAGUGCCCUUGUUCGAGGUCUCUGAACGGCUGGAGGUGCCCCCCGUUGCAACCUACGCUGGAGUCUGUCUUUGGAACUACAAGCCAAUCCUGUCCGACGAAGCAGCCACCGAGCUAGACAACCUAGCUUGUCUACAAACAUUCACGGGAUCCCUAGACGAACAAUGGUUCUACCUUAUUUCGGUCGCCAUGGAAGCACGUGGGGCCUCUUCUAUCCCCCUGAUGCUGCGAGCAAUCACGGCUGCCCGUGCGGAGAAGAGUACGGUUGUAACGGAGUGCCUGCAGCGACUGGCAGAGACCAUCGAUGAAACCAGCACACUGCUGCAGAGAAUGUAUGACAAUUGCGACCCAUAUGUCUUCUAUAAUCGCAUUCGCCCAUACCUUGCUGGAAGUAAAAACAUGUCUGAUGCUGGGUUGCCAAAUGGGCUGCUGUACGAUGACGGCCACAACGCCGAAUACCGGCAGUAUGGCGGGGGCAGCAAUGCUCAAAGCUCACUGAUUCAAUUCUUCGACAUUGUGCUCGGAGUGGAACACCGACCAACCGGCACAACUCGGAAUGACAAAGAACAAACCAGCACUGGAGAUGCCAUCAAAUCCCGAAACAGCUUCAUCCACGAGAUGCGCACUUAUAUGCCUGGCCCGCACCGGCGAUUCCUCGAGCAAGUCGAGUCGGUAGCCAAUAUCCGCGCUUUCGUCGAGGCACGACGUGGAGAUUCCGCCUUACGUAUUGCCUAUGAUGCUUGUCUAGCCAUGCUGCGCGUUCUGCGUGACAAGCAUAUUACCAUGGUGUCACGCUACAUCAUCGUGCAGUCCCGCGGAGCGCGCCAGUCUUCUCAGACUUCCUCUGCGAGCCGCCCAUUGGCAACUAAUCUUGCAACCGCUGUGCCGACUGACAAGAAGAAGUUACGCGGUACCGGCGGCACCGCACUCAUUCCUUUUCUCAAGCAAGCUCGAGACGAGACUGGAGAGCCUGCUAUCGAUGCAUGGGCACGACGGCUGCUGCGCAACGGUCCCGCAGAAAAGUCUGUUGCCUCGCUGAGCACAGUCGGCGAGCAACCCGAUGGGCACCUGGAGGUUGUUGGCCUCUGUGGUACAUGGACGGCGGAUGAGAGCGAGGGUGGUAUUUGCCACUGGUAG